UUUGAGGGAAUUAUUGAAAUAAUAAUUCGCAGCAUGUUUGGAAACAUCGAUGACCAGGUAUUCUAACACUUCUUAGUCUUAAAAAUGUCCAUUCUAGUGGAUACUAUCAACAUUGGUUCAGGACACAUUCUAUAUUCCGAUUUCUCUGCUUCAUAUUCCUACUCUGACUAAUAUGAAUAGGACUAUAUCCUCAAAAGACUUGGAGCAGAGUAGGUUGAGUAUCCUCAUAGACAUAGAGCAAGGAAGAAUUUAGGAAUUGAUCUUCCCUUUACAGAUCAAUCUAAGUUAACUACUAAGGCACAGAACCCCAGCCUCAGAGCAGAAGACACAUUGGAUAAAGAAAUUGUGAAGACGGAUAGAAAAUAUGAAAGACCUCCUACAGAGUAAUCAAAUAAUUCAGCUAAAGCCUGUUGAAGAACUUCAGUCCACUGCUUAUAAUCUUGACAAAGCAAAGUUCUACGGAAUUAAACCAGAUGAGGACAAAACUUUUAAGAAAAAUAGUGCAGAAUUCUAUACAGGUAGUGGAAAUCCUGCAAGAAUUCCUCCAAAGGAUAUCCUUACCAAAAGAAGGUCUACAGUUGCCAAUACUGGCCAUGCUAUAAUGAAGUCUCCUUCUCAUGGCUCCUUGCCUAGAGUAGAAGAGAAGGCUUAUAAUCCUAUCACAGGCGAAUUCGUUGAUGGCUCUGCUGACAUGGCCAAUAAAUCAUACUUACGGGGAAGGAAUAACAUGAAUGCAAACAUCAACAGGGCACAAGCUUUAAAAGGAGUAAAGAGUAAGGAUAAUUCUAGCCAACCCUCCUAUGGCUCUGGAUUAAUGAAGAAGAAAGAGAUCUUCGGAAUCAACUCUAGCACACUAAACUUGGGUGUGAGAGCAUCUAAUGAUUUCUCCCAUGGUAUUGCUACUAGAAGCCUGACCUUAGCUCCUUCAACCUUUAAGAAACCAAAUGAGGCCUUCAAUAGAUCAAUCAAGUUCCAAAGGGAAAGCGAUAGAUAUGCAGAUGCAAGUAAUGAGAAGGCAUUCGGUGUCAUUAAUGAUCAAGGAUAUCACAGAAAGACCGAUCUAAGCAAGCUGACUUAUAACUCUAUCUCUGGCAAGUAUUACACUUUUGCUUAGAAAAUUAUUUUCAA